AACAUUUUUAAAAAAUAGAUGAAAUAUUGAACAUCAUCUCAUUAUUUCAAUAAUUAAGAGCCCUAGGAUUCAUCACACCUUUUACAUUAGUAGGAGGUGGAACAUUGGAGAAAAAUAUAAAACCCAGCAAGAAUAAAGGAAAGACUUAUGACUGAGUGCAGGAACAUCCUUGGAAAAUGAAACAGGGCCAGCAGCCCCAAAGCCCACAGUAUAAGGAAGAUUCAAUAAAUCCAGCCUGUUGACCAGGACACUGUUAGCACACUGAAUCUGGGAGAGAUGUCCAUGACCAUGGACCAGAGCCACCUCUGAUGCCAGACUCCAACCUAGGACCCCAGAAUUUAGGUGUACUCUGAAGAGGAGAUGCAGCAGAAUUGGAUGUGCCAGUGGAAGAGAUGAGGCAUGAAGAAGUGGCGAUUUCAAAAGAGACACAGAAGACAUAGAAUGAGGCUUUGAAAAGAGAGAAGACAUUCAAGUCCUUGGCCCAGAGAUCUGUACCCACAGAUCAGGUUUAUAACAAAGCUCAGAAAAUGCUAAAGCUUAAAGAAGAAUUGAGAGGUGCCAAGGAAAUGAAAGAUGAGGUGGGGGAGAGAGACCGAGAAGUGAGCGGCCUGAACAGCAAGCUCUUGAGCCUGCAAGUUGACAUCAAAAAUCUGCAUGAUGUCUGCAAGAGACAGGGGAAGACCUUGCAGGAGAACCAACUCUGUGUGGAGGAGGCAAUGAUGAGUAGCAACCGCAAUAAGAAGCAAGUGCUAGCAUUCAAGGAGCCGCGGAUGGAGUUUGAGCCCAGUAAGCAGUGCCAUCUGAGGCAACUCCAACAACUCAAGAAAAAAUUGCUUGCUCUCCAGCAAGAACUGGAGUUUCGCACAGAAGAGCUGCAGACUUCUUACUGUUCCCUCCUACAGUAUCAGUCCGUCCUAGAAAAGCAGACUUCUGACCUGGUUCUUCUCCACCAUCACUGCAAACUAAAAGAAGAUGAGGUGAUUCUCUAUGAGGAGGAAAUGGGAAAUCAUAAUGAGAACACAGGGGAGAAGCUCCAUUUGGCACAGGAGCAACUUGCUUUGGCCGAGGACAAGAUCAUCUCCCUAGAAAGGAGCCUAAACCUCUACAGGGAUAAAUACCAGACUUCCCUAAGCAACAUUGAGUUACUGGAGUGCCAAGUGAAGAUGUUGGAGGGGGAGCUCAGCGGGAUUGUCAGUCAGGACCCUGAGAAUAAGGGUGACCAUUCAAAGGUGCGUAUAUAUACUUCUUCCUGCAUGAUUCAAGAGCAUCAGGAGACCCUGAAACGACUGUCUGAAGUCUGGCAAAAGGUCUCUGAACAGGAUGAUCUAAUCCAGGAACUUCGAAAUAAACUAGCCUGCAGUAAUGCUUUGGUUCUGGAGCGUGAAGAGGCUUUGAUAAAAUUACAAGCAGAUUUUGCUUCCUAUACAGCCACACACAGACAUCCUCCUAGCUCCUCAGAAGAUUGUGAAGACAUUAAAAAGAUACUGAAGCACUUGCAGGAGCAGAAAGACAGCCAGUGCCUGCACGUGGAGGAGUACCAGAACCUGGUGAAGGACCUGCGCAUGGAGCUAGAGGCCGUGUCCGAACAGAAGAAGAACAUCAUGAAAGACAUGAUGAAGCUGGAGCUGGACCUGCAUGGGCUGCGGGAGGAGACAUCCGCCCACAUGGAGAGGAAGGAUAAGGAGGUCAUCAUCCUGCAACGGCGGCUGCAAGAGCUACAGAUGCAGUUCACUGAGACCCAGAAGCUGGGUUUGAAGAAAGACAAGAUCCUCCAAGAGAAAGAUGAGAUGUUGCACGAGCUUGAGAAGGAAUUGGCCCAGGUUCAGAACAGCCUCAUGAAAAAGGAGAUGGAGUUGGAGAAGCAGCAACGAAUGACAACAGAACUUGAAAUCACCAUCCAGGAGGUGAAGCAAGAUAAGUCCAAGGCAGAGUGUGGAGCCCUGCAGGCUGAGAUCCAGAAGCUGAAGGACUGUCUUGAAGAUGCUCAACAGCAACAGAAGCUGACUGCUCAGCAAGCAGCCCAGUUUAAAGAAGAGGCCCUUCUGGCAAAGAGUAACCUAGAGGAUUCCCAGAGGAAACUGCAAAGCUACCUAUUCAUGGAGAAGCAGAAGACGGAGACCAUCCAGGAGCUGCAGAGAGAACUUCAGAAGCUGCAGAAGGAUUCCUUGAUGGCCGGAGAGGAACUCGCACCCAACAGGAAACGGAUAGAGGAGCUGACGUCAGAACUCUCUGAGGCCCGGAGGAAGCUUGAACAUUCAGAGAAGGAAAAGAGGCAGUUUCAGAAGACAACAGCUGAGCAGGACGCGAAGCUGACUGACCUGCUAGAUCGUCUAAAACUCCUUCAACACCAGCAUAGGGAGCAAGCCUCCGCCAAAAGCAAUCUAGAAGAGGAGCUUCAGGAGGUAACAAGAUUACUGGAGGAGAAACGGGAGCAGUUGAAAAAGAGCAAAGAACAGGAGAAGUUGCUGGAGCAAGAGCUGGAGACAUUCCGACAAGAGGAAAAAAGGAAAGAAAAGAUGGCAAAGGAAAAUCUGAGAAUAUUGGAGGAGGAAAAUGAGAAUGUCAAAGCACAGUUAAUGCAAUAUUCCACGCAACUGGAUUCCUCUCUCAGCAAACAAAACGCCUCCCAGCAAAUGAUCCAAGAGCUAAAUAAUGAGCUAGUCCUUCAGAAGGAGGCCUUAGAGAGUCUGCAGGUCCAGCUGGACAAGACUGUGCAGAAAGAGAAGCAAUAUCUCCAGACCAUGGUCAGUAAAGAAGCCUAUGAGGAAUUAUCCAGAAAGUCACUCGCCUGCCAAGAUGACCUGACACAAGCUCUGGAGAAGCUCAAUCAUGCGACCUCGGAGACCAAGAACCUGCACCGAAGCUUGGCACAAGCCCAAGAGAGGAAAGUUCAGCUGGAAGAUGAAAUCAUUGCUUAUGAGGAAAGGAUGAAAAAGCUCAACGUGGAAUUAAGAAAACUGCAGGGGUUCCAUGAGCAGAGCGAGCUAGAGGUGCAUGCCUUCGACAAGAAGCUGGAGGAGAUGAGCAACCAGGUGCUGCAGUGGCAGAAGCAGCACCAGAGCGACCUCAAGAUGCUGGCAGCUAAAGAGGAGCAGCUUAGGGCCUUCCAGGAGGAAAUGGCCGCCCUGAAGGAGAACCUCCUGGCAGACGAGAAAAAGCCCUGUUGUGUGCCCCAGAGGUCUGCACCUAAAGAAACUACCUGUAGGCUGCACCAAGAGAAUGAUCAGAGUAUGUCCAACAUGGAGCAAUGGGCAAAAGAGCAGAAGAUCGCCAACGAGAAACUAGGAAACAGGCUCCGUGAACAGGUCAAAUAUAUUGCCAAGCUAACUGGAGAAAAAGACCACCUCCACAAUGUAAUGGUCCAUCUGCAGCAAGAAAACAAGAAACUGAAGACUGAGAUAGAGGAGAAGAAGGUGAAAACCGGGCACCCAAGGCUAUACACCAAAGCCCUAUGCCCGAGCAAAAUGGAGCCCAUACCAAAGGGAAAAGUGUGUGCCACCUUGGGCUGGAGGGGGAUGUCCCAGGACAUGAACCAAAGAAUGGACAUCACCACGUUUGUCGGGAUACCCCACUGUUCAGAAUCCUUUGCAACAGAUUCUCUUGGAUCCACCUGGAGUAUAAUUUUCUCCACUGAGCUGAAGAAACCCAGAGCAAACAUCAGCCCCCUCAGGCUGUCUUACUAAAGGGAAGGAGAAGUUCAUUGGCAUCACCAUGUUGCCCCAUAAGCACUUGUCUUUUGAGCCUUCUCUCCACAGCCCAACUGAGGAGGAAGCUUCCUGCCAUAAACAAGACCUUGCAAACACAAGCUCUGGAGUCCCCAGAACGAACCCCCAUCUCAGCCCAAGACCCACAACUGCUGACAUGUGUCUAAAGUACCAUCAACUAGGCAUUUAAGGAUAGAUGCCCAUGACUGAGAGCAACAGGGGGCCCCCAGAAAGAUGUCCAGUUCAACAGCCUCACUGUUCCUUCACACCAGGAGAAAACCUAAAAGCCAAUCUCCAGAAUCCCCUUCAGGGUUUUUGUCAAAGACAUGCUUUUGUAUCCCUGGGGGCAGAAAUCAGUUAUUAUCUGAGGAAGAGGUGGUAAGAAUCAGAAUAUUAAAGUGGGAAGGAACUUUAAGGUGGAUCUGAAUAGAAAGCAUCCAUAAUUUAAAAGAAAAUAUUAGAGACAGAGGUCCAGACAGACUUGUGCAGAAGUUCCAACACCAAAACAGAUUUGGGAAGUGCUACUGGGGGGUGGGGAGCCUCCCCAAGCACCCUGUGGCACCUGGUGUGACAGGUGUCCUUGCAGGUGUUCCUUGUUUUUAAAUGAGAAGUUUGGGUUGACCCAUGGUUUUCAUAAUCUCUGGCUUCAUGUUUGUGAUCUAAGGAAUCGGAAGAUAAGUUCAUGACCAAGGUCACAGCCUGUGUGUUAGUAACAAAGCCAUUCACUGGAACCUCCAUUUUCUCCCGUUCUUCUGCAUCCCAAGCCCACGUCUGUAAAUAGAUCACAUACCCAGCUUACUU